CUGAAAGCAGAUGCUUAACCAACUGAGCCACCCAGGCACCCUGGGUCUCACUUUUUUAUACUUAAAACGAAGGGUCUGUACCCAUAGAUGAUCAUGAAGUUCUAUUCUAGCUCUAUGAUAUCUAAUUCUAGUAAGCUGCUACUGUUGGUGUCAUGCAAGAAUCUGGUUACACUGACUGGAAUUGAAAGAUCCUGGAUGGUCGGAGAAUUUUAAGUCUGAAAUUUAGCAUCCCUGCCCUGAACAACAGAGCCUUGACUGGUGUAAACUACUUGUGCAGACAAAGGUGCUAUCCAUAAUCAAGUCUUACUUUUAUUUUCACUGGACAACUGUGAUUAGAAAAGCUCCUGGACAAAACUGCAAGAAAAUCUGAUAUAAAUGAGUAACAACUCAACAUGUGUUCAACCAUCCAGGAUCUCUUCCAUGGCUUUGCCAAUCAUUUAUGCCUUCCUUUGUAUCAUUGGUCUCUUUGGAAAUUCUCUCUCUCAAUGGGUAUUUUUAACAAAAAUAGGCAAGAAAACAUCAACGCACAUCUACCUAGCACAUCUCGUGACUGCAAACUUACUUGUGUGCAGUGCCAUGCCUUUCAUGGGUAUCUAUUUCCUGAAAGGUUUUCAGUGGGAAUAUCGAUCUGCACAAUGCACGGUGGUCAAUUUUUUGGGAACUCUAUCCAUGCAUGUAAGUAUGUUCGUCAGCCUCUUAAUUUUAAGUUGGAUUGCCAUAAGCCGCUAUGCAACCUUAAUGAAAAAGGAUUCAGUACAAGAGACCACUUCAUGCUACGAGAAAGUAUUUUAUGGCCAUUUACUGAAAAAAUUUCGCCAGCCCAACUUUGCUAGAAAACUGUGUGUUUACAUAUGGGGAGUCGUACUAGGCGUAAUUAUUCCAGUUAUCAUAUACUACUCAGUUGUAGAGGCUACAGAAGGAGACGAGAGUGUGUGCUAUAACCGGCAGACGGAACUGGGAGCCGUGAUCUCGCAGACCGCAGGCCUCAUUGGAACCACAUUUAUCGGAUUUUCAUUUUUAAUCGUACUAACAUCAUACUACUCUUUUGUCAGCCAUCUGAGAAAAAUAAGGACCUGUACCUCCAUUAUAGAGAAAGAUCUGACUUAUAGUUCUGUGAGAAGGCAUCUUUUGGUCAUCCAGGUUCUACUAAUAGUUUGCUUCCUUCCAUAUAGCAUUUUUAAACCCAUUUUUUAUGUUCUACACCAAAGCGAGAACUGUCAGCAACUGAAUUAUUUAAUUGAAAUUAAAAAUAUCCUCACCUGUCUUGCAUCAGCCAGAAGUAGCACAGACCCCAUUAUAUUUCUGUUUUUAGAUAAAACGUUCAAAAAGACACUAUAUAAUCUCUUUGCAAAAUCUGAUUCCCCACAUAUACAAGCCUAUAGUUGACUUCUGAAUAGAAACCACCACCAAAUAGAAAAGUGUUUAUAGGGCUACUAGGGAUAUUAAACUACAUGAUUAACAGGUCACGGCUUGCUUGAAAGCAGGCACUAGGAAAACCUCUUUGGUUUUAGAAAUAAUCAUAAAAUUCAUUUUACAGCUCUACUAACACUGCAAGUUGAGAUGGCAGAGAUCCUCAGAGGCAAAAAUCAAGCAUAUGAAAGGAUCUCACUGCAUAGGAAAGCAACAGAGACCAUUUUCUCUUUAAACUCAACUGUAUGCUUUUAUUUAGAACACAACAUGUCAUGACUGUAGGAUAAAGCAGCAAAUGGUUUAUGACUUUUCUGCUUUCUUGUAGUUGCAAUAUAACGGCUCAUCCAAGGCUAGUGUUUUGCUGGUAAUUUUAAAAAUGAGUAAGAGAAAAAAAGUGAAUCAGAAAUUAUCUCGCUUAUGUCCUAUCUAGAUAUAUGAAUAACAAGUGUAAAAAUCCAAGGUUUUAUAAACACAGUAUCUUGUGUCAUCUGCUUAUGUUACUGCAAGAAGCAAUAUUCAUUGAUUCCAGUAUUUAUUAAGCUGGUGUUUUUAUAAGUAUACUUAAAUAUUCGGGGUAAGCUUGGUCAAAAUAAAGAGCAAAUACGAUGUCAUUAUAUGCCUAUCUUCAUUGUAUCUUGUAAAUUUCCCUCUGUAUUCAAUAUAAAUAAUGUGAUUAAUGACAAAUGGUACCUGGCAUGUAGAUAUGCUCAAUUAAUUUUUGUGAAAAUAGAUGAAUGAAUAAUAAGGGCAGUAUAAGAGUAAUGUUGUUGAGAGACUGGGCUCUGGAGUUAGAUUCCCUGGUUCGAUCCUAGCUGAACCUCUUAUUUAGCCAGACAAUCCUCAGUAAAUUACCCUCUUAAAGUGUUAAUUUCGUCAUCUGUAGAAUGGAAAAAUACUACGUAAUUCAUAGGUACUAUUACUAAAUCGAUGAUGUUACUAUUCUGAGUAGCUGUCAUUCACUAAGCACUGGCUAUGUGCCAGGCACUCUGCUUAUAUGCUUUGCAUGUAUUUUAAUCAUCACCACUAUAAACGAUGCCAAUUUGCUAAUGAAAAACUGAAGUGCAUAGAUAAGUCACCCCAAUUUUCUCCGAUACCUAAAUAAAUAUU